CUAAUAGAGAUACAAAUCUUUGAUAUUUAUAUCGGGAUAUGUACAUAUCCUGUAAAAAACAAAACAUUUUAAAUACUCUGGUACCACAAUAAGUUGGGCCUCUAGACUUAAAUGGGUUUUAUAAAGCCCAAAUACACGGCCCAUUUGAGGACCAGAGAGAGUACAGAGUCAUCGGACUUGGAAUAUACGUUAUCCGGUCAAAGAUGAUUUUAGAAUAACGUAAUCCAAAGUGGGUACCUCCACGGAAACGAGAUGGAUCAUGGAAUUUUCGUAGAUUGCUUUUCCGAUUCAUUCUUUGUCCGUACGGCUACCGGUAUCUCGCUCAUCCGUACAAAUAACGUUACCGCAAUCCCCCACCAUUGACGCCAACCGCCUCUCACCUUUUUUUUUUUCCAAUUUCGAUCAGUUCGCGGAGAAAAUCGAAAUACCCGAUCAAACCCACAGAAUCAGAUAGAAAGAACAACGAGUUGGGGGGAAGAUGAAGGCGGAGACGUUGACGUUGGUUCUGGUGAACCUGGCCGGAAUAAUGGAGAGAGCGGACGAGUCUCUGCUUCCAGGGGUUUACAAGGAAGUCGGCGCGGCUCUACACACCGAUCCCACGGGGCUGGGGUCGCUGACGCUCAAACUCGGCAUACCUUCCUGCUGCUAUGUAAACCUGUGCUCCCACCUGAAAGUAGAAAACUUUCAAGCUUGUUGUUUCGGGUUUGGGCUCUUGGAUUUUUUUUUUCUCUUUCUGUUUAUUGCAUUUUCAAUCCUUUUCGGAACAUGCUGUAAUGUCCUGACACCCAUGCGGUAUCUGGAUGAACAGGUCGCUGUAUCCAGAGCUCUCAAUGGCAUUGGCCUAGCCCUGGUCGCCCCGGCAAUCCAGUCCCUAGUAGCUGACUCAACAGACGAUACUAACCGUGGCACUGCAUUUGGAUGGUUACAGCUCACAGGCAACCUCGGCUCGAUCAUAGGUGGGCUGUGCUCUGUGUUAAUAGCUCCCAUAACCUUCAUGGGCAUCCCUGGUUGGAGAGUUUCCUUCCAUCUCGUCGGGUUGAUCAGUGUCAUUGUCGGUGUACUUGUCCGUGUUUAUGCUGAUGACCCGCACUUUGGGAAAGACAGGGUUGAGGUUAAUCAGAGAGUUCCCUGCAAGUCUUUGUGGUCGGAAAUUAAGGAUUUGGGUCGGGAAGUUGAGGCUGUCGUGAAAGUUCGGUCCUUUCAGAUCAUUGUGGCUCAGGGAGUGACCGGUUCGUUUCCUUGGUCGGCUCUGUCAUUUGCUCCCAUGUGGCUGGAGCUCAUAGGGUUCUCUCAUGGGAAAACUGCCUUCUUGAUGGGUCUUUUCGUGGCUGCAUCUUCUCUCGGAGGCUUACUCGGAGGGAAAAUGGGGGAUCUCCUUUCGACCCGUCUUCCCAACUCUGGCAGAAUCAUCCUGGCUCAGAUCAGUUCCGCCUCAGCCAUCCCGCUCGCUGCCAUACUCUUAUUGUUCUUACCAUAUGAUCCUUCCACUGUUGUGAUCCAUGGUUUGGUCUUAGUCGUGUUAGGUCUGUUUGUUUCUUGGAAUGCUCCCGCCACCAACAACCCCAUCUUUGCAGAGAUCGUUCCAGAGAAGUCACGGACAAGUGUCUAUGCUUUGGACAGAUCAUUUGAGUCGGUUCUGUCAUCGUUUGCUCCUCCUAUUGUCGGAAUUCUGGCACAGCAUGUUUAUGGAUAUAAGCCGAUCCUGCAAGGGUCAACAAGAUCAGAGGAGAUAAACGCAGAUAGAGAGAACGCAGCUUCCCUGGCAAAAGCUCUGUAUACAUCUAUAGGAAUCCCAAUGGCGGCCUGCUGCUUCAUCUACUCCUUUCUCUACUGCACAUAUCCUAUCGACAGGCAACGGGCUCAGAUGGAAGCCUUGAUCGAGUCAGAGAUGCAUGAACUGCUUCCGGAAAGUUCUGCAGGAGAGCCAUCCGUUAAGGAGGCAAGUGUGACCGAAAUGGAGUAUGAGGGAUGUUGAAGAUGAGAUGGGUCCCGAUCAGGACAAAGAGAAACCGUUGAUUUAUGCAGCUGAGGUUUGGAAACGUAGGUAGAUAGUUCAUAGCAAAAAGAACAGGAAACUUCACUCAAACAGUAUUGGUACAGGAAAUGUACACACGCUGUACAAUGAGAUUAUUGUAUACAGUGUCAAGGAAAGAUAUUUUGUUUUCCUCUACA